AUGGCAACGAUGAGACUCCUUUCAUCUGUUUUCCUCUUGUUCUUGGUCUCGGUUGGAUCCUCUGCAGCUCCAACAACCCGUUGGAGAAAAAGGGUUCGGGAGCCGUGCAAUAAGUUGGUUUUUUACUUUCAUGACAUUAUUUACAAUGGUCGCAAUUCAAAGAAUGCAACUUCGGCCAUUGUAGGUGCACCCACAUGGGCCAACAGGACCAUAUUAGCUGGGAAGAAUCAUUUUGGUGACUUGGUCGUGUUUGAUGACCCCAUUACCUUGGACAACAAUUUGCAUUCACCCUCUGUUGGACGUGCUCAAGGAUUCUACAUCUACGACAAGAAAGACAUUUUCACUGCUUGGCUUGGUUUUUCCUUUGUGUUCAAUUCUACAAUGCACAAGGGUAGCAUAAACUUUGCUGGUGCUGAUCCUUUGAUGAACAAGACCAGAGACAUUUCGGUUGUUGGUGGAACUGGUGACUUUUUCAUGGCGAGGGGAGUGGCAACUCUCAGGACGGACGCUUUUGAGGGUGAAGUCUAUUUCCGGCUUCGAGUGGAUAUCAACUUAUACGAAUGUUGGUAGCAUAAACUCCACUCUUUUCUUUUCUUGGAGAGCUUUCUAUGCAUUGUAAAACUUUCGCAUCGCUCCCCUGAAAACAAUUCCUACGUCACCAAGAAUAAAACGCCCACUAAACA